AUGUUUAUUCGUAAUUUAAUAUUAUUAUUUAUUUUAAUAAAAAGUUCCUAUUUAACAACGUUAACAAAAACUUAUCCAACAAUUGAUUUAAAAGAAAAUAUUCCGAAACAUACCAACGUAUUUCAAUUGACAAGAGAAGUAAAAAAUUUGAAACUAGUCUUAUUAAAUUUAGGUGGAUUUGAAAGCAAUUUAUUUACAAUAAAAGAUGAGAAUAUUUUCACAAUCAAUGAAAUUGACCGUGAAAAAUUACUAGGUGAAAAAAGAUGUUUUGAUCGUUCAUAUUGUUUAAUUGAACUUCAUAUACUUGUUAAUGAUGGCGAAGAAUAUUGGGUUAUUCCAAUACAUAUCAUUGAUGAAAAUGAUAAUAAACCAGAAUUUAAAAAUUCCUCGAUUGAAUUAAAAUUUCAUGAAAAUAUUUUUGGUGGCUAUAAAAUAUUAUUUGAAGGAGCCAAAGAUCUAGACGAAGGUUUAAAUGGUAAAAUUCGUUAUAUUCUCGAUUGCUCAAGUAACAAUAGUAAAAGGAAAUCCAAAAAUUUAAUACUAAAAGAAAACAAAAAUGAUUCAUUGAUUAAUUGUUUUCCAUUAUUUGAAUUUGAAAUUAUAUCGCAAUCAUUAAUAAAUCAAUACGAUCAAUUGGCAUUAAAAUUCAUUCCACCAAAAUCGAAUGAAAUCAUUGAACAUGAAUAUAAUUUAAUUUUAUAUGCCAUUGAUUAUGGUUUGGAUCACAAUGCAUUAUUUAGUUUUAUGAAUAUUAAUAUUAAAAUUGAGAAAAUAUUAAGAAAGCCAAAAUUUUUAUUAAACGAAUAUGAGUUUAUAAUAAAAGUAAAUUCUUCUCUAAUGAAGAAAGGAACGAUUUUAGGCAAUGUCAAUGCAGAGUCGAACGAUAAAAGAAAAAGAAUUCUUUAUAGAAUAACUAACAAGACAAUAAGUUCCAUUGAAAUAAACUCUUUAACGGGACAAUUAUUUAUUUCAAAUGAUGAUAUUAUCAAUGAUGAAAUCCAUUUAUUAAUUGAAGCUUCUUAUUUAUUAAAUGAAAAUGAGGACUUUAAAUCUUUUGCUAAAGUUAAGAUAUUUAUUCGUUCAAUUAAUUAUUUAAAUAAUAUUUCAUUUCACAUAAGAAUUCAAUCAUUAUUCAUCCAACAGUUAAGUGAUCCAGCGACAUUUUCUAUUAAGAAAAAUACUUCAAUCAAUGAAAAUUUAUUUCAGUUAACUAUUUCAUCAAGUUAUUAUCCAUCGGAUAAGUAUAUUCUUUUACUUGAUAAUUAUUAUUCAACAUUUUCAAUAAUAUCUUCUUCGCAAUUAACCAACAAUUUCAUUUUGAAACUGUCAAAUUAUCUUAUUUCAAAUUCAAUUUAUUUACUAAAUUUUCGUGUAAAACAUCAAUUAACAAAAGAAAUUUUAUCAACAAAUUUUACCGUACAACUGAUUGUUAGUGAUCAGUUGGCAACAAUACCUACAACAAGCGCUUCUUCUUCUUCUCUAUCUUUAACGUUAACUUCAAAUUUAACGUCAAAAGCAUCAUUAUCAAGUAUCUGUAAUGAAAAUAUAACUUAUUUUCUUUUCGAUUUUUACAAUAAAAAUCCAAUAGGAAAAUUGAAAGUUAUUCAAACAAAUAUAAAUAUUUCGUAUUUCUCCAAUUUUUUUCUUUUAAUUAAUCAAAAUGAAUUCGUUAUAAAUCAAUGCCGAAUGUUAAUCGAUCGAUUUGACGAUUUUAAUUUCAAUGAAACUCAAUAUGAAUUAUGUUCAAUCGAUUUUGUUUGCUAUAAUAUUUCAUCAAUGAAUGAACAAAAUUCAUUUUUAUUUAUUGAAAAUAAUGCGAAGAAACGCUUUGGUGGAAGUUCAAUUCUAUUUCUAAGACCCAUUGAAAUAACAAUAUUGACUCUUUCGAUUGUUUUCAUUCUGGCAACAAUAAGUUUAAUUUUGAUUAUUUGUCGUUUAAAAGGUUUUCAUCUUUGCUUAACAAUUAAAAAUUAUUUAUUUUAUGGAAAAAAAUAUGGGCUAAAUAAUGCUCAACGUCUUUCAACAACAAAAAUGAAACAAAGAGUUCAUUCAAUUGUUGUUCGUGAAUCUCGAUCGCCUUCUUUUGAACCUAUAAAAGCUAAUAAAUCUUAUAUGUUUAAUAUUAAUCAGAUUGCUCAGCAAGAGCCAAUGCCACCAAUACCUUUAUAUUCGCAAUCAUCUCCUCGUCAGCCGAUUUCAUUAUCUUGUACGUCAUCGAUUCAACAAGACGAAAGAAUAAUAUCCAAUUUUGACAAUGAAACAACACCUCGAACAUCAUCAUCGUCAUCGUCAGCAGCAGCAGCAGCAUUUAUACAGGAGGCAAAUCAAUUAUUAGAUAUUCUAUCAUCAAAUCACGAUUCACAUUUAUCAACAUUAGCUUCAGAUGUUUAA